AUGGCGCCCAAAUCCACCAAGGGCAAGGCCAAGGACGCCGGAGUGACGGAGCCGCCGGAGAAUGCACUGGCGGCGCAGCGGACGCAGCUCGCCUGCUUCCCCUUGACGGUCGACAUGUUCGAGCUCCGGGAGGCCUUAAACCCCUUGUGGGGGGGUCAAGACGGGGGGGAGAAGACGGGGCAUCCAGCCACGCGCGUCGUCUACUCCAAAUCGCGGCUCUUCCAGCUCAACGUGAACCGCGGCGUCGAGGUCGAGCGGACUGGUGCGUCGAGCACCAGGACGCCCGUCGAGGGAGAGAUGUUUGAAGAUGAAGUGCUUGCCGCCGCCAGGCUUGAAGUCGUCGAUGAGCCGAGGGCAGGUGGCGACGGCUCCCAGGAGGAGCGGAUCCUCCAGGCCAUGGGUGCCAACUUUCGGAGGCUCCAAGCACUCCACCGCACCCGCCUGGACAAGGCCAAGUCCAGGAUGGCAACGGUGGACCAAGCGGAGGCGGAACUCAAGGUGCGCAUCGCCGAGGCGCAGGCUUGGUUCGGCCAAGCUAGCGAAGAGCUGAAGACCGCCCAGGCUCACUGGCCCCGCCUAUCGCUCCGACCUCGACCUCAUCGCGGGGAGGCCUCCGCCUACGCCCGCGCCGCCGCCGCCGCCACCGGCGCCUGGGUCUUCGACGUCGACGAGACGCUGCUCUCCAACCUCCCCUACUACGCGCAGCACGGAUACGGGCUGGAGCUAUUCGACCACCAGGAGUUCGACCGGUGGGUGGAGACGGGGGAGGCGCCGGUGAUCCCCUCCAGCCUCCGCCUCUACAGUGAGGUCCGCGACCUCGGCUUCAAGACCUUCCUGCUCACCGGCCGCAGCGAGGCCCACGAGGGUAGAAAGAGUUGCCGUGGACCUACUAUCUUGUUAGUCUCAGCAGGUUUCAGUCGACAUCUAGCCGAUUUAAUUUCUGGGUUUCUUUUGUACCUCAACUUGGACUAUAACAUGUUGGUUGCAAACUGGAAUAACCCUGCAGUUUGGUUCCGCAGAGUGGUAAAUUCAAGCUUACACUUUAUGGACCAGUUUGACACGAUUGACUUGUUGGACAACGAGAUUGUCAAGCUUGAGAACUUCCCUUUCAUGUAUCGCCGAGGGAGCCCGCACCUGAUUACAACUUACAAUGAGAGGGAGCAGGUGACGCCCAGGGAGCUCAGCAUCCGAGUCCCGGCCAUCCUUCGCAGCAAGGAUGAGGAGGGCGUCAAGGGCUGUUGCGUCGCCGGAGCCGUCAACAACUACACCUCCCAGCUCCUCACCUACGGAUCAUCAUCACAAUCGCCAUCUUGUAAAUCUUCCCGCCAAUAUAACCUGACGGAAGCGCUCUUGUUCCUCUCACACUUCAUGGGCGACAUCGACAAGAUGCUGGCCUUCAUUCAUGUUUUGUCGUGA